CCUGAACUACAGACAUUAAACAGACGAAGAAGGCUAGCCAGUUUAGCUCGUUUGGUGUGAAUGGAGUAAAUAUCUGGAUUUCAGGAAUACAGACCCAAAAGAUAACAUUAUUUUCGGGGUGCUGAUCUGCUGUGAGUCGUAACAACCUAUGCUUCGUGUAAUUCCCCGCCGGCCCGUCAUCAGGUUGACCGGGCUGAAACUUGUUGGAUGAUUCUUCUGAAUGAGCCGCUGAAGGGCCCUGAGGCCGCGGUGCUUGGGUGAGCCACAGCCGGGGAGAGAGAGAGGGAGCGUGGAGCCAGAGGCCAGCUAGAUUUAGGCUAUUAUCAACAAUCCACUGUAAAAAAAGAAAUCUCUCCUGAACAUGUCACACACCGGACCCCCUCCUCGGUGGCGGAACUGCCCCAGAAGAGGACAACCUGUGGCAGGAAAAUUCCUGCCAAUGAAAACGAUGUUGGGUCCCAGAUAUGAUGAUCAAGUUGCAGAGGAGAACCGGUUUCACCCGAGCAUGCUGUCCAACUAUUUAAAAAGUCUCAAAGUGAAAAUGGGUUUGCUUGUGGAUUUGACGAACACGACGCGUUUUUAUGACCGCAACGACAUUGAAAAAGAAGGCAUUAAAUAUGUGAAGCUUCAGUGUAAAGGCCACGGAGAAUGCCCUUCAAAAGAGACAACUUCGAUGUUCAUCCGGCUCUGUGAACACUUCAUCGAGAAGAAUCCCACAGAAUUAAUAGGUGUUCACUGCACGCAUGGCUUCAACCGGACAGGCUUUCUGAUGUGUGCGUACCUGGUGGAGAAGAUGGACUGGAGCGUCGAAGCAGCCGUGGCUGCGUUCUCCCAGGCCCGGGCCCCGGGGAUCUACAAGGGAGAGUACCUCAAAGAGCUUUUCCGUCGAUACGGUGACGAGGAGGACGCGCCCGCCGCCCCCGCGCUCCCUGAUUGGUGCUUCGACGACGACGAAGACGGAGAAGUGGAUGACGACGGCAACGCUGUCAGCCAGGAGUCGGGCCCCAGCUCCUCUGGGUCGGCGCCUGGCAAACGAAAGAAGGAGAAACUAAAACUGGGUGCAGUAUUCCUUGAAGGCAUCUCGGUGAAAGGCGUCACACAGGUCACCACGCAACCCAAACUCGGAGAGAUGCAAAGAAUGUGUCAGGGGAUGGCCGAGUGGGAAAAGUCUGGUUUUCCUGGCGCUCAGCCCGUCUCCAUGGACAGACAAAACCUUCGGUUCCUGGAACAGAAUCCAUACAAAGUCAGCUGGAAGGCUGAUGGCACACGGUACAUGAUGCUGAUCAACGGAAAAAAUGAAGUUUUCAUGAUCGACAGAGACAACACUAUCUUCCAUAUAGCGAACCUAGAGUUUCCUUUCCGGAAGGAUCCACGUGUCCACCUAUCAAACACUCUACUGGAUGGGGAAAUGAUCAUCGACAAGGUGAAUGGUCAGCCCGUCCCCCGCUAUUUGAUAUACGACAUCAUCAAAUUCAACGGACAGCCUGUUGGCCAGUGUGAUUUCAAUAUCCGGCUGUUAUGCAUAGAGAAGGAAAUAAUUUCUCCCCGGAUGGAAAAGAUGAAGACCGGACAGAUUGACAAGACCAAGGAGCCCUUCAGUGUCCGAAAUAAACCUUUCUUUGACAUUCAUGCAUCACGCAAGUUACUGGAAGGCAGCUUCACAUCCCAGGUCAGCCACGAAGUCGACGGGCUUAUCUUCCAGCCAUGCGGGAGAUACAAGGCCGGGAGGUGUGAUGACAUCCUCAAGUGGAAGCCUCCCAAUCUCAACUCCGUGGACUUUCGCCUGAAGAUCACCAAAGUCGGAGGAGAAGGGCUGCUUCCACAGACUGUCGGCUUGCUCUACGUCGGAAGCUAUGACAGGCCCUUUGCAAAGAUGAAGGCCACUAAAGAGCUGAAACAGUACGACAACAAGAUCAUCGAGUGCACCUUCGCCAAUAACACCUGGGUGUUCAUGAGGCAGCGGGUGGACAAGAGCUUCCCCAACUCCUACGAGACAGCGAUGGCUGUGUGUAAAAGCAUCCAGGAGCCCGUCACGAAGGAAAUCCUCUUGGAGUACGUGGACCGCUGUGCUCAAGCAGUGCAAGCCCAGAACCGGAAACACCCACCAGACCCAGACUCUGAGCUAAUGCCCCCUCCUCCUCCAAAGAGACCCAACAGGGCCAUCCCGUAGCCCCACAGCUGGACUCUCCGGACUGCUCUACAGUCCCAGUGUACAUCUACAUCACCAGCCACAUCGACCCCCCCUCCCCACGACGGUUAAACAGACAUUUCAAGGCUUUCUUACCCUCAGCACGUUUGCUUUAUCAGCCUGUAAAUGUAAGGACUUUAAAACCUUUGAUUGACUGCCUCAACGUCAUUAAUUUACCUUGUAGACUUGUUUGUAGCUUUAAAUGCUGGUGUUCUUAUUAAAAUGAAAAACAUGAUGCUUAGUUUUAUUUUAUUUUUGUUUUCCUAUUUAUUUAUUUUUUUAAACUCUGAGCUAUUUAUGAACAGGGACAUUGUUAUGGCUACAAACUGACCCAUAACAAUGCAAACCUUGUUUAUGUUUUGUCAACGAGUUCCUAAUUUGUAUUGAAGGAUGAGUAAACAUCAUCAACGCUCGCUCUGCUGUCUUUAGUUUUUAAUGAGGAAACAACAAAAAAAAACAACAGCGUCAGAGAUUUCAUUUAGAUUAACUCAAAGCUUCCAAAUGUUUCCAAACCCAGACAGAUAAAGAUUACAUCUCAGCUCUGUGUUUCAUAAGCGUUUGUCCAAAGGCAGCCCAUCUGUGUGGACUUUUUGUUUCAAAGGCCACAUGGGUGGGCGGGGAGGUGACAACAUGAUUACAUAGUCUCAACAAACUAACUACAAAGGAGUAAAAACAGUGAAGUCAUGCUACAGAUGGGUGACACAUCAACACCAUAACGUUUAUUAGUAACAUGUUUCAGAAUUCAUUGAGUCUAAUUAAGGGAUUUUAACACCAAAAAAUUUAAUAAUUUCCUGUAAAUGUAAUAAAAUUUGCUAGUCACUUGAUCAAUUAGUAAUAAAACCCAAUAUUGUAAUAACUUGACCAAUUAUUAUAAUAGAAUAUCUUGACUGAUAUUGUAACCAUAUAUAAUAUUUUUGGUGGACAAAGUACAAAAGUACAAAAGUUUUUUUUUCUUGGAAACAUAAAGUAUAAAGAAAUACUUUUAAUGCAUAGUUAACCUACCAAUAACACAAAAAUGUUAUUACAUUUUCAGAAAAUGAUGUGCUACAGGGAUGAAAGAUGUUCUACCAAAAGAUUUUCACUCAAUUGGUGUUUGGAAGAUGGUGAUGAAGCUUGGUUGAAAUCUGAUGGUAAAGGCCAUAAAAGCGUCACAUACUGACUGAAACAUUUAGUGAAGCCUCGUGCCCCUCAUAGAAGUAUUUCACCAUAGGGUAAAGAGGCUCACAUCUUUUCCUCUUGCCAUCUUGAUCAGUUUAAAACUGAACAUUUAACAGUGAAUGUGUUCAUGUAUCUAAAUUUAAUUUUACUUAAUGUAUUGUGUUCAUGCACGUAAA